AUGGAGAAGUACUCAUCAUCACAAGCCCUCACAAUUUUAACUAUCCUUGUCCAAGUAAUUACCUUGGCUACAGCCAGGCACUGCAUUGUGGGGAAUCCCAUAACUGUGUAUAUUGUGAGCUACCUUCCUCGGCAAUCCCCGACGCUACAGGUGCAUUGUGCGUCGAAAGAAGAUGACUUGGGGAAUCAUACGCUCGGCACGUAUCAACAAUUCAUGUUCGAUUUUUGCACCAACUAUCACAAUACACUAUUCUACUGUGAUAUGUCUUGGGGGCCCAAGCAAAUACAUUUUACUGCGUUCGAAGCCAAACCAUUCAGAUCCGGUUGCCAGGACUUUACGUGCUACUGGGCCGCUAAGGAUGACGGACUUUAUUACUCUGACUACAAUCCACCACGAGGCUUGCUGAAAAAGUUCGAUUGGUCCUGA